AUGGAACGAAGGUGCCUCGGCCCCGGACGCGGAAGGAACGCAUGGGCGCGGGCGCCCGGCCUGCUGCUGGUGUGGAUCACUGAGGAGAAAGGCGGCUCCAUGGAACUGCGGAGAGGUGAUAUAUAUAUAUAUAGGUCUAUGAGUGAUCAGAUGUAG